UCCCAAGUGCGCCCAUGACUGAAGAACAUGAGUACCCUUGAUCCUCCAACUCAUGAGAUACCGUCCCCCAAUACCGUCCAGUUCGUCGACCAUCUAGUCUCGCAGCUUCAAGACUACACCACCACCACCACCACCACCACUGACCCCGACGGGAAUGACUACUCUGGCUCCUUACGACACCCACGUCUCGUGCAAAAUGCCUCUGCGUUCCCUCGUGCUCUCGCAUCUCGAAUGCCUCAAGUGAAACAGCUGAUGCUAACCCUCCACUGCCUUUUCCCCAAUGAACUCCUUCUUGCGCUGGAUAUCCUCGACCGGGGUCUGGUGAGACGAUACCAGAUAGAGCCUCAGCAUCAACAACAAGACUCUCAUCAUCAAGCUGUAAAUGAAACAGCGACGGACUCGGAGUCUCCCGAUAAUGCUCUACGCAGUAGGCAGGAGACCCAGAGCCCAGGGAACAGUCCACAAUCAUCAGACGGUGUCUUCUUCGUGAUCUCUACCUCCUCCUCUACCUCCUCUGGAUCAUCACUCCCACCCGACACAAGGUCUCGUGUCCCGCGCACGGGACAAAAAGGCUACGAAGUCCGACUGCAUGCAUGGAACUGCAGCUGCCCGACCUUUGCCCUAGCAGCGUAUCGUGACCCAGGGCCUGAGGACACCCCCUCUCACCUGCCACGGUCGUCGUCGUCACCGACAACACCAACACACCAGUCCAACAGCAGCAGACCGUGCUCAUUCGGCGGCGCCUUGACUCACGGCGCGACGAAACAGACACCACCCGUCUGCAAACACCUUCUUGCUUGUUUUUUGGCGACGCGUUGUCCGGGGGUUUUUGACCAUGGGGAUUCCUCUGGUGGCGUUGCUGUUCUUACGGCGGAUGAGCUGGCGUGUUGGUGUGCGGGCUGGGGGGAGUAAUUUUUUUGUGCUGUGGGUUUCCGGUUGAGGAUGC